UCCUCCGCAAGGGAUCCCGGAAAAGGACGCAUUCCUUCCUUAUAAGGCGCUGGCGGGAUGGCCAUGAGCGAGGAGACAGACGUUGCCUGGACUCAGUGAGCAGCAGCAGCAGCGCUCUGCACAGACCGCCGGGAAACACCGACCAUGGGCAAAUCAGCUUCAAAGGCGUUUUCUCGUGAAGUUUUAAAAACCCACAAUGAUUAUAGGAAGAAUCAUGGCGUGCCAGCGUUGAAACUGUCCAGCAAACUUUGUAAAGAAGCGCAGGAGUAUGCGGAGGCUUUAGCCAGCACCCGGGUGCUCAAGCACAGCCCGGAGUCUAGCAGGGGACAGUGUGGAGAGAACUUGGCCUGGGCGUCGUAUGAUCAGCCGGGAAAGGAGGUAUCUGAAAGGUGGUACAAUGAAAUAAAGAAUUACAAUUUUAACUGUCCUGGUUUUUCUUCUGGUACAGGUCAUUUUACAGCUAUGGUCUGGAAAAACAGCAAGAAGUUGGGUAUUGGGAAGGCCCCUGCCUCGGAUGGCUCCUCGUUUGUAGUAGCCAGAUACUUUCCAGCUGGCAACAUCAUGAAUCAGGGAUAUUUUGAGGACAAUGUUCGACCUCCAAAGAAGUAAAUUUGUAAAAGAGAAUCUCACCAAAUGGAAGAAAUUGAAGGGAAUGAACAUUCAUCUGAAGAUAUUUUCUUUCAACGAUCAGGCUUCGAAGUUUAUCAGUUAUACCUCCUCAGUGUUGCUUAAAGGGCCGGCUGCCAAAUUCCACUGUCGUGCCUUUGUUUGGAAAACACAAGUUGAUCCACCACACAAAGAUGGACACAUAAUAACCAUGUAACCUGAUGUAUCAUACUUGCUGCUUACAUGUAGCUUGAUGUUUCAUACUUGCUGCUGUUUCAUAAUAUUCGCUUCGCAAGGUGAACCACUCUUCUUCAGACACAUUAUGAAAUCCUGCUGCUGCUGCCUGGAUUGCUGUUUCAUUAUGCACACAAUAUUCAAUUUGUCGUAAUUAUGGAUCACCAUAAUCAGUCAUUAAUUGCAUUCACUUUUGAGUUUAGCUGGUCGAUUUUAUUCUUCACGACUCAUGCGUUCUUAGUUGUGUUUUGCACGGAUAUCAGAUGGCAUCUUGAGUAUUUUAUUCAUGGCCAUUUUGUGCAUAUACACUGUAAGCCAAAUAAUUAAUUGGGACAUUUGACAAUGAAAGAGGAGCAUCUAACCAAGAUUUCACAAUGAUGAUUGAAAAAUAACUGACUCCCCUCACCUGCCGCCCUCCAACCUCCUAAUUCCUAAUUCUGAAGCGUAGAAGCUCAAAGUGUAACUUAUUGCCAGUGUUCUUGAGACCCUGCAAAGUAAUAAUCUUGUGGUUGUGAGUGCACACCACUUUGUGCUCAUGCUUCGUAUUCUCGGGACCAUAGAAGUGCAAAUUAAUCUGUAAAUCUAACCCAUUUCUUGUUUCUAUUAUAUAAAUUUAAUUGAAUACGUUUAGUGCUGUUUCUUUCUCCAAUCGCAGAAACUGUGAAGUCAGAAAGACCAAUUUCAGUCGUAGAAAGCAGUUGGUUGUGCCGUAUACCAGAACAACAUAAUAUGGUAACAUUGAAGAGCUUGACCAGGUACCAUUGCAGGAAGUUCUGAAAUAAUCAACAGUUUCUCUCAGCCUCCGGAAAGAUAGACACCAAAUGUGAUUGAAACCACUCUCACCGCACGUGCUCUUCAUGUAAAAAGCGAACCCUGAUAUUUUUCAUUCUUUUCACCCCUAUUAAUUUUUCUGUCAUUCUUUGCUAAGAAAGUAAACAUUCCUGCACUUUAGCUACUUAGCAUACUUUGAGUUCCGUCGGUAUGAAUCAGAAUUAAUCUGGUCAUUGUAAAGCUGUUGCAAUCUACAUACAAAAAAAAAUUUUUACGUGGCACUUAAUAAUCUAGUUCUGAAACAGCUAAACCAAUACAACGAAGAAUUUUGACUAAUAAAUGUUUAACUUGCAGCUUUACAUCUGAUGGUUAAAAUAACAUUAAAACAACACAAAGGGAGGGUGAUUUCUUGGUUCUAUAUUUACAUGCACAACAAAACCAUAUCACGUCUUCCUGAAGCUGCCAUGAAGAAAUGUCUAGGUUUGUCUUUAUUAAAAAAAUAUCUGCUUAUAA